AUUGAGGCUUGUUGUAAGCAGUCGCUCUACAAACACUGCCCUCGUACUGGCAGUUUGGACGAAAUGGAUAUUCUGAGCGAUAAUGGCGAGCAUGAUCUGAAAUACAAGCCCGGGUCCCGCUUGGAUAUGAGCCACGGCUUCCUGCACCAUAUCCGGAGGAACCAAAUCGCGAGAGAUGAUUAUGAUAAAGAAGUAAAGAACGCCAAAGAACUUCAGCGGCGGAGGCACACAACAACCCCUAGAAGACCCCGUCGACCUGACAUCCAAGUGUAUAAUCCCAGACAAAGACAUGUUUCUGAGCCAGGGAACAGUGCUGAUGCUGAAGAGGGGAAUGAGAGCGGGUCAAGCACAGAAACCGAAACCCAUGGGACUGAACUCUUCUGGCUUGACUAUCAGGCGGACUCUGGUACCAUUACAUCCUUCCUUGUGCACAAGGAGGAUGAACCUGAGAAGGUGGCAGAACGUGUUGCGGAGAAGAACAUCCUGAAUUCCGCCAUGAGGGCAGCUCUAGAAGUUCGAAUUCGAAAGGAAAUUGACAAAAGACGAGACAAACGCUGAAUUAUGUUCUCAAACUGAAAAUUAUAAUGACGGAUGCAGACGAAUGCAAUGCUGCAUUUGCAGUUCAGAUCCCCAAAUCCUCCACAACUUUGACAUUGUUGUGUGAAAGGGGUAUGGUGAGGACUCUGCUAUUAUUGCAGUGACGAUAGAGCCAUCAUUUGCUUUUCAAGGAGAAGGGAAAGCAUUUAUCAUCUCUUGAUGUUUACAUUUUUUUUAUUUAUUUAUUUCUUUUAUUUUUUUUACCAACUAUGGAUUGUUACAUUAUAUCUCAAGCCACAACACUCAAAUGUAGCUUUUGACAGAGAGCCCAGGAAACCUUCCUCCUCAGUUCAUCAGGUUUUGAGUUUUUUAUUUAAAAACGAUAAUUCUGUACACAAGAUAUACAGUUACGAUGGUGUGCUAUCAAAGGAGAAUCAGCAAUAUCAGCAAUAUCGUUUAUUUUCUUAAUUCUGAACAUCUUUUUUUUUGUCUUCUUUGUAGGUGAACCCUCAAAAUGUGUUAAUGUGGCAACUGUGCUUUAAAAUUUUGAAUGUUCUAAUUUAUUUUGAUUUAUUGAGAGACAUAUUUUUGAUACUGUAAUUGGAGAACAAAACUUUACAUAUAAAAUUUCAUAUGCAUAAAAGCCAUUUUGUGCUUUCCAGUUGUGUCUGGAUGUGCAAUUUAUGAUACUGACCAGCCAUAAAAUGCGAAUGUGUUUUUCUUACCAUCUUGAUAUUAUACAUAUUUUGUAUGUUCGUUAAAGACAAAAUACAGGUUAACACAUUUAUGUACUACAAUUAUUUUUAUCCUGAAAUAUUUAGUGUUUUUAAAACAUUGGCACCAAUGAAACUAAUCAUUUGGCUUCAGUUGACCCACAUGCUUCAUGUCUUGUCCACAGCAGGUGGCGCUAUCAAACAGCUUUAUAACUGAACUAUAUUUAUGUGCCUUAGCAGUUGUUGUUUUUUUUUACCAAGUUUUCAUUCUUUUGUUUGGUGAACCUGCAUUUUAUGCAUGGCCUCAAUCCAUUACUUAAAGGUAAAACAGUAAAUGUAGAACUGAGGAGCUGAAUUUGAAUAUUUGAAUGACAGGUUUGUAGCAGGGAGUCUUUGUGCCACCUAAGUUGCGACUUUACUACUCUUCUACUAUUUCUAAUAAUGGUUCAAAUUUUCUGAUAAAAACAAAUAUGAAUAUAGAGUUACACUUUUGAAUAUCGAAUGGGAUAUUGUUUGCUGCAUGAGUGAUGAACUGUAGACACAAGAUAAGAAGUUAUUGUGACAUGAGCCAGGGUGACCUCCUCCUAUGUGCAGGUCGACCAAGAGAUUUGAUAUUUUACAUGUGCACACAGGACUCGUGCACAUGUA